UGCCACAGGAGACUACGUGCGAUAAAGACAGUUCCUCGCAAUGGCCGGGGGUGUAGUGUCGGGUUCGAGCCUUACUGAGGCUGGCCAGUCCUCCGGGGAGAAGCCCCACAGCACUAGCUUCUCGGACUCGGCGCCAGUAGUGAACGACCUCUCCGAGAAUGAGAAAGCUAGCGAGACCGAGGGGGAGCCGCCGGCGCGUAGCUACACGCGGCUGCAGUGGCUCCUAGUGCUGGCGGCCAUCUACAGCAGCGAGUUCCUAUACGGCCUGGACACGACCAUCGUGGCCGACAUCCAGGGCGCCAUUGUCUACGACCUCUCAGAGGUCGGCAAGCUGGGGUGGCUGGCCAUCGGGUUCCCUCUAGGGAGCGUCGCGACUAUGUUGGUAUUCGGAAAGGCAUACGGCCAGUUCGACAAUAAGUGGCUUUACGUCAGCAGCAUGGUCAUGUUCACCGCUGCCAGCGCUCUGUGCGGCGCCACGCCGACCAUGGAUGGAUUGAUUAUCGGGCGAGUCUGGGCGGGAGCUGGAGGUGCAGGGAUGUAUCUCGGCGUCCUAAACUUAAUCUCAGCCAACACGAAUAUUCGCGAGCGAUCUUUCUAUAUCGCCAUCAGCGGACUUGUAUGGGGUGCAGGUUGCGUCCUUGGCCCCAUCAUCGGCGGUGCCUUUGCUGAUAGUAACGCCACGUGGCGAUGGGCUUUCUACCUCAACGUCGUACUCUUCGGCUUGUGUGCCCCCGUAUUACUCUUCAUGAUCAAACCAUACAGCUUCCAACCCAACGUGUCAUUCCUGUACAAGAUCAGGCACCUUGACUGGGUCGGUGUGGUAUUGUAUGCGGCUGUGUAUACCCUCUUCGUCGUGGUCGUGACGUUUGGCGGUGUCCAAUGGGCGUGGAACGAGGGCCCCAUCAUUGCGCUAUGGGUUGUCUUUGGCGUCGUCUUGAUCGCCUUUGUCCUCAGCCAAUACUUCACUGUGUUGACCACUAAGGAGAACCGUCUAUUCCCCGGGGACUUCCUCCUGAACAAGGACCUGAUCCUCCUUUACAUCUGCCAAGCUUCGGCGUCCGCUGCGCUAUUCAUCCCUGUAUACUAUAUUCCACUCUACUCGCAAUUCGUCUACGGGGAUAACAGCAUGGCCGCCGCGGUGCGCCUCCUCCCACUCAUCAUCAUCGGUGUGGCCGCGAACAUGUUUCAGGGGGCGAUGAUGCCCCGCUUUGGGUACUACAUGCCCUGGUUCUUCGUGGCCGGAAUUCUAACGACGAUCGCGGGAGCGCUCUUCUACGCGGCUGUCGACGCCACGACCCCACCGUCCUACCUUUACGGGUUCUCGGUGAUCCUGGCCAUCGGGGCGGGGCUCACACAGCAGACCGCAUACUCCGUGGCGUCAACCAAGGUGGAGCAGAACCGGGUGCCCGAGGCCCUUGGCUUCAUCAACAUGGCGCAGAUUGGCGGUAUGGUGCUCGGUCUGACCCUCAGCUCGGCGGUCUUCCAGAACAUGGGCUUCCGUAACGUCGCCAACGCGCUCGACGGUCUCGGCUUCUCGGACGCCCAGGUCAUGAAUGCCCUCGCCGGCCACGGCUCCACAGUCUUCUCCAACGCGUCGCCGGAGGUCCGCCAGCGUAUCGUUAACGCUGUCUCGGACACCAUCAACCUCGAGUACAUCUUCAUCAUCACGGCCGGUGCCCUGCAAACCAUCACAUCCGUUUUCUUGAAGCGAGAGAAGUUGAGCUUGGGGGCCGCUGUGGUUGCCGGCGCCUGAGCGUCAAGUAUCUACCAUAGUGCCAGGUGCAGUUGGCCACGAACGCAGCGACGAGAUGAUCGACUUCGUUGAGGCCAUACUCAAACGCUAUUAGCUGAAAAGUUCGCUGAAGCUGUACCCAAGUUAUGCUGCAAUGCUGCAACAGGAAUGCGAACAUGUGAUGAUGGCACAGAUUGUUGACGUUUCGAGUUUAAUGUCCCCCAAAUUUUAGUAUAACGUGGCACGCCCCUAAUCAGCCAGCCUUCAGGCAUGAAUACCUUGUAAUAUCCUAUUAAAACAUCAGCCUGAUGAUCCCCUUUACGUUAUCUUAGAAAAUCACCAUUACUUGAUGUUAGGUAGAAAUAGAUUCCCCUGUCACUCUUGGUUAUGUUUACUUCUAUACUUGGCUAAACUUCGUACUACUGCCAUUGGCAAAAUCCCACUCUUUUGUACUUCACCUUUUACUUAAGUAUGCUUGACAUUAUUCUCACA